GCAUUUCGCCAUCUUGAAAAAUAAUAUUUUUAAUAAUACCGGCGGUUAUGUUUUUGAAAGAAUUUAAUUCACAUUGAAAAUGACUGAUGCAGGCUUCUUCCGGGGCACUAGUGCCGAUCAGGAUAAUCGGUUUAGUGAUAAGCAGAAGAAGUUGUUGAAGCAAUUGAAGUUCAAUGAAAUUCUCAACAGAAAGGUUGAUAUGAAUAAAAUUAAUCUAGAUGUUGUGAAACCAUGGAUUGCAAAACGUAUUACUGAUAUGCUUGGUGGUAUUGAAGAUGAUGUAGUUGUGGAAUUUGUUUUUAAUCAGUUGGAAGCGGAAAAAUAUCCUGAUGCGAGGAUGAUGCAAAUCAACUUGACAGGUUUUCUAAAUGGAAAAAAUGCCAGAGACUUUAUGGCAGAAUUGUGGACCUUACUCAUCAGUGCUGAAGAUAGUACAGAUGGAAUCCCUGCUGCUAUAUUGGAGCAGAAAAAAGAUGAGAUAAAAAAACGAAUGGAAGAGCAUGACAGAAUAUCUUCUAAUCUUAAAAAGUAUGAAGAUAAACCUAAGAAAAGGGAGCGCAGGUCUCGGCGUAGCUCUUCCUCAUCCUCUUCAUCUUCAUCUGAUCAUGGAAAGCGAAAGAAAAAGUCAUUAUCUGAAAAGUCAGAUAAGAAGACUGGUGACAAGGAAAAUUCUACACGAAGCUCUCGAAAGAAGAGGUCUAAAUCUAAAUCUGUAUCUCCUUCAAGACAUAAAAAGAAAGACCGGUCAAAUUCCCGAUCUCCUCAUCGAAGUCGCUCUUCAGAACCUACAAAAUCACCACAUCGGAGCCGCUCUCCCACUUCUAAAAGCAAAUCUCCUCGUCAAGCUCUUUCUCCAGCAGAUAUCAAUAAAGUUGCUCAAUCUCCAAUAAGUGGUGGGAUAGGUUCUCCUCCACUAAAAUCAUCGGCACCGAUACGGGAAAAGUCUCCUCUACGUAGUAAAUCUACAUCACCCGCAAGAAGAACAUCACCUCGCAAAAGCCGUUCUCCCGUUUCUAAAGAAAAGAAGAGGUCUCCUAAACAUAAGGCUUCGCCCCGCAGGAGUCGAUCUCCCCAGAGGAGUAAAUCUUCCAGGCACAGUAGAAGCCCAAGAAAAAGUCAUUCACCUGUUAGAAAAAGAAUAUCUCCUCGCAGAUCACCAGGUAAUCGUUGGAAGCAUUCCCCACGACGUAGUAGGUCACCUGUAAGGAGAAGUCGUUCGCCACCACCCAAGAGACAUCGUUCUUCUCCACGAAGGAGUCGAUCUCCACUUCCUCCCCAACGCUCUAGACCUAUGAGACGCAGCCGAUCUCGUUCUCGAUCCCCUGUGAGGAGACGUUCUAUUAGUCCUCAUAGACGCAGUCCCCCAAGAAAACAUAUGAGGCCAAAUGCUUCUAAUGCUGGCAGACGAUCACCCCAAAGAAGAUCAUCACCACCCCCAAGUAGGAAAUCACGUUCUUCCUCUGGAUCUUCCUCUGCAUCAUCUGGAUCUUCUGCUUCUGCUUCACCUCAACCUUCCAAGCGAGGGAAAAGAAGAGCUUCAUCAGAAAUAGCUGAUGUUACAAAAAAGGAUACGUUUGAAAUAGUUCCAAAGAAGAAUUCUGUACAAAAAACCAGACACUAUCGCUCUCAUGGUCGUGCAUCCGAUAGUAGUUCUGAAGAAGAGUCUCCAGUUAGAAAACCAUUACAAGGAAAAGGCAAAGUUUUAAAAAAGGUUAGUGCCAGAAGCUCAUCUUCUUCCUCAUCUGGUUCAUCUGGAUCACGGUCAGGUUCACAAUCUCCUAGAAAAGGUCGACCCAGUCCACCGUUUAAUCGAAGAGCUAGUAUGUCCCCACGGAGACGUAAUGCUCGAGCUACUCCUCAGUUCCGUAAUAGACGGUCACCAACCGAUGAUCGUAUGAGAAGAAGGUCCUUUUCCCAGGAAAGGCGUUCUCCAAUGAGAGACAGAGGCAGGUAUGACAGAGAAAGAAACUACAGAAUGGAAAGGGAUCAAGGAAGGAACUGGUACAACAGAGGAGGAAGUUUUAAUGACAACCGAAACUACAGAGACAAUAGAGAUGUGGAACGGAGGGAGAUGGAUAGAAGGCGGAUGUCACCAAUGGAUAGACGUCCUCCUAUGGAUCGUAGACGUCGCACACCUGACGAUAGAAGAAGAUAUUAUGAACAAGAACAACGUCGCAGAUCACCCAAUCAAAAUGUAGAUCGUAGGUAUAACAGGCGUCCUAGUCCAAGAAAUCGUCCCAGGUCUGCAAGCCCUGAAGAACCUCGUAAUAUGGAUAGGCGACGAGGGAGAUCUCCCAGUGAUGUACGAGGGAGAUCAAAUGAUAGACCUGCUAGGUCUCCAAGUGAAAGAUAUCAGUCUCCUGGAGACAGGCGUGGACGAUCUCCUCCUGAUAGCCGUCGAAGGUCAAAUGAAAGAAUGUUAUCAAGAGGGGAAUCUGUUGAAAGGCGUCAACAUUCACCAAGUGAUUCAUAUAGCCAUAGAAAAAAAUCCCCAUCUCCUGUUCGUCAGGUUCGCCAAGUUAAGAAAAAACGUCAAGUUUCUCCCGGAUCUAGUUCAUCUUCACAUGGUUCUCCUGAGCCCAGGAUUAAAUCUAAAAGAGAAUCCUCUGCAUCUCCAGUGAGAAAAGUUAAAAGGCGUUCGCCAUCUAGGUCACUAUCACCUGCUAGAAGGCAGAAAUCCUUAGAGGAAGAUAAAAAAGCCCAAGAUUUAUCUGAAUCUUUGAGCCAUGAAAAGCGAGCAAAGAUCCGACAGUCGAAAGAAACUGAGAAAUCUGUUUCUCCUGAUCGAAUCGAGAACAUAUCUUCCGCUAAACGAACAUCUAGUGCUAAAUCUGACCGUUCUCCUUCUGCUGCUGCAGAUUUGCCAAGUGAUGAAGAGCCUAGGAAAAAAGAAAAGAAAGCAUCCAAACUAUCUAGUUCUGGUACUGAAAAAGAACAUAAAGAAAAAAGGAAGAAAACAAAGAAAAGUACAGAUAGUAGUGAAGGUGCAGAUUCUGAUGCUGAAAUUGUAAAAAAGAAAAAGAAGAAGCAUAAAAAGCACAAGAAACAUAAAAAACAUAAGAAACACAAGAAAAAUAAAAAGGAAGAAGAAGAAGCUUCUGUGUCUGAUGACGAAAUUGUUCGUAAACUAAGAGAACGAGCUCUGAUGUCCAUGUCAAAAGCUCAAACGACUGCAAGAGAAAGUGAUAAUGCAGAAAAGGAUGGGCACAGUUCUUGAAAGAAAGUUUUUUAUAUAGUUUACAUCUAUAUGCAUCUUUUAUGAGCAUAACUUAAUAUCCCUCAUUUUGUUCUUCCGUUUGUCUUUUUGCAAUGGGAAAAAUCAACGUUACUCUACUUGAACAUUUAUCUGUAAUUUUGGAUUUUUUGCAAGUCUUACCACCUUUGUGUACAUAUUUGUUGCAGAAUUCAUCUUCCAUGAACUAGAUAUAUUUCAUUCAGUUUACUUUUAAAAUUGUUAAAUUGUAAGAAUAACUGAUUAUAUACAAAUGUUUAACUUGUUCAAACUCCACGUUUACAACCUAUGUUUAAAAUUUGGAAAAAAUGCAUUUAGUUCUUGAAAAAAACAUUUGGUAUGUUAAAGUUUUUGCUUGUAUAGCUUUUGGUUUAUUAUACUACUAGGUAAGACCUGAAUCAUUGUUUUCUCUCAAUGAUAUAUCCUAGUCUGAGUACUAUAAAUAGGUAAUUACAAGUUUGUCGAAAUAGAAUGCUUCACUUUUUUUUUGAAAUGUUUAUUCGAAAGAAAACUUGAAUGUUUCUAAUUAAACCGAAUUUAGAAAUUGUAAUAAUAACACAGUAGAACCCAGAUUUUACUUGUUCUGUCGGAUCAAAAAUUAAAGACUUGCCCAUUGGGAACAUGGUUAAAAAUCUAAGCUCAUUGUUAAAAUUGACACUUACCCAAUGAACUAGUAGAUGGCAUGCAUUAUCUUUACUUGUUUUUACAUACUUUUUUUCUUGCAAAUUUGCUUCUUGGCCGACAUUCAAAAUUGUUGUCAAAAGAUAAAGAAAAGAAUGCUAGAACAGGUUCAAACAGCUACAAAAUAAAAAAAAAAUUUGAAAAAAAAAAGGGGGAUUUGUUCUUGUAGAUGAAAAAUUACCUUAAUCUGUUUGCAGAAAAACUGAUUAAGUAAAAUUUUUGAAAAGGGUAACCGGAAUCUAUAAUCAGUAUAGCAGUUUUCACGAACCAACAGAGUGUGAGAUCAGAAAUGGGAUAUUGUAAGAAACAUAAAAUCAGGGUUCUACUGUAUUUAAACUAAAUCUUCACUACCGUAAAAUGGUCCAACUAUGGGCUAUUUUUCGAUGUUUUCAAUGGAAAUUCUGUAUAUAUCUUUCAUUUAGAAGUUUGAGGACUUUAGCGGUGGUAGCUAUACAUUUCAAAUGAAAUAUUUUAAAAAAAAUUCUCAGUUGGAAAGAAGAGGAAGGGGAAUUUUUUUCCCUGUGGCCCAAAGUUGUAAUCCUAUGGGGUACAACUAUGAUCCACCUCAUUUUAACCCAGAAAACAUGAUCUGGCCUAUUGUUUUCUGUGUUUACAAGUUGCCCUCUGCUUGAAAAUGUAUAAAGAAUUUUUUUAGACCAUCAUUUACCUUUUUUUUCCAAUUUUUUAAGGUUUAAUCAUCACUUGUCAUCUUGAGUGAUUAAUAAAGUUCAACAUGGGUAAAUGUAGGUAACAUAUUUAUUAUCUGCGUAGGUUUUGACAUAGAAACAUUUGUAACUUAGAAAAAUCUCGCCAACUAAAGGCUAGGGACCUACACUUAGUUCUCAAAAAAUACGUAGGUCUGACAAGUUUCAAAAGAGAUCAACAAAAAUUUUGAAAACUGAAAUGUGAAAUCACAUUUCACAUUCCAAAACUCAUCAAAAUAAAUAAUUUUUAAAAAUUAACUCAGUUUAUAUUUGUUCUGGAUUACAGUCAGCACCUUCUGCAAAAUCUCCUAUGAAUAAGGCGACCCCUAAAUUUUCUUUUUUCUUUCCAUUACUUACAAUAAAUAACACAAAAUGACAAAAGCAUCCCUCCUGAGAGUAAAAUGAAGCUUUAAGCCACUAAAAACCGUGAAAAAUAGGUGGUCCAUUUUUGUACCCCAAUAUUCCCAUUUUCGAUAAAUAUUAAGAGCUUGUGAAAACUAUGAAACAUUUUAAGUCAAAAAGCGGCUUAAUUCAUAACUGACAAAAUAAUAAAGCAAAUCUGAGCGUACCAGAUCUUGGAAAACAGUAUAAGUGAUCUGCCCAGAGGAGACUUUUGGCUCUUCCACGAGUGAGUCGAAUCAUGCACUAAGAACGAUUAAAUUAUCUAAGGUAUAGAACAACUAUGGCAAUCUCUGAUAAAGUGUCUUUAGCUACUUAAAGGGUUAUACUACCUGAUGAAUUUUUUUGGAGCUUGUGGGUUUAAGAAGCCACUAGAGAGCAAAAUCAUCACCAUGGCAAUAGUGGCCUAUUGUUGCCCCCUUGUACUAUUGUACUUGGCACUAGGUUGUACUAUUUUACGGCAUCUUAAAAAGUCAUAAGAAAAACAUGAAUUUGUUAAGCCUUCCUCAAAGCAAUGUUAAAAAUAUUGAAUUGUAGCUACCUAGUUGUAGUACUCACCCAAGAUGCACCAUAAUAGCAUUUUAAAACUGAUGUUUCUUAAAUUAAUAGCUUUUGUCCAAAACAGCACAUUAUUUGUUUAUGAUUUUACUAUAGAAAAAAGAAUUUUUAGUUUAUACUGAAUUUAAUAAUUGAUUCGUGUAAAUAUCAGUUGAUAAUAAUGAUGCAUAUAUUUGUUUUGAUUUCCUUCUGUUGAAGUGAUGACUUCUUAAUGGAGCAUAUUAAAAUGCUCUGUACUUUUAGAUGAAAAAUAAAUUUUUAAGCGUGA